GCAGAGCUGACGCACUAAAGCCCAGAGAGAGGGGAGGGGCAACAGAGAAACUGACAGCAGUGGCCAGAUGGAGCCCUAUUUGUUUUGAAGUAGCUGACUGCUGCUGAGAGCAGGACAGCCUGCCGUAUGAGCGGAAAAGCACAUCACACCCAGUCUGGACAACAACAGCACAGAAAACCACUGUUUUCUGCUUAUGUGGACAGGUCUUCUAUUGUAACUUUGCUGCUCAGUGUGGAGGCACUCUAUGCAGCUCAAGGUCAGGACGAUCCAGCAGAAGCCUCAGGGAACCGUCCCAUCUGGAUCUUGGGACCCGCAGAGGCAGGUGGGCAUAAGUUUCCCUGUUGUAGCUCCCAGCCUCGAUAUAGGGACAAUAUGCAGGGCUAUAGGACUCUGAAGAGGAUGUGAGGCCUGGACUACUGUCAGUAGCUCCCACGACAGCAUCGGUUCUCCCAACCUGAUCUGUGUCGGAGACGAAGGGAAUGGGCCCAGUCUCACUGCAGGAGGAGAGAGAGCUGGAGAGAGAGCCCACGGAGGAGAUGGAGAGCUACCGCUACCUUUUGCAGGCUGGCUCUCAGCUAGAGAGCACUCUGCAGCAGGUUACUGUUCCUGUAAGCAUGAAGGAGGUGGGAGGCUACAUAGAAAAACAGGUGGCAUACCUGUCAGGGGGUCGUGGGGAAGACUCCAGUGUCAUUGUCACCCUCCCAGAAUACUCAGCUUUCAGUGACAUUCCUGAGGAAGCUUUAGCCAAAGUCUUUACAUACCUCACUCUCAUCCCUCGAACGAGGCAACCCGGAGUAAAAUUUAUCAUCAUUUUAGACCGAAGACUGGAUACAUGGGCCUCUAUCAAAACUGCACUUGCCAGGAUAGCAGCUUCCUUUCCUGGGAACCUCCACCUGGUUUUGGUGCUCCGACCCACCAGCUUCUUCCACCGCACUGUUACUGAUAUUGGUUUUCGCUUCAGCCAAGAGGACUUCAUGCUCAAGAUGCCAGUGGUGAUGCUGAGCUCUGUCACAGACCUGCUGCGCUACAUCGAUGAGAACCAGCUGACUUCAGAGUUUGGAGGCACUUUGGACUAUUGUCACAGUGACUGGAUUGUUUUACGAACAGCUAUUGAAAGUUUUGCUGUAACAGUCAAAGACAUUGCACAGAUGCUACAGGGCUUUGGCACCGAGCUGGCAGAGGCGGAGCUGCCUGAUGAGGGGAAAGCCAUUGAGUAUCUCCUCGAGUCUCACACUGACAAGUACAGGAAACUCAAAGAUGCAAUCAGGUCAGUGUCAAAGGAGGGUCGCCAUCUUCUAGCAAGCCUAGAGACCUCUGGGAAGGAUGAUGACUCCCAGUGGGAUGUCAGGCUGGACUGGGAGACGGUACAGAGGCUUCUUGCCCAGCUCAGAGACAUGGAGUCAGCCUUCGAUGGCUUCUUUGAGAAGCAUCAUCUGAAACUCCAUCAGUACCUGCAGUUGCUCAGAUAUGAGCAAAGCUUUCAGGAGAUGGAGUUGUGUCUGGGGCAUCUGAUGGCUCAGGAGAGGGAACUGCCCAUAUCUGUCGACACUCUGGCUCAAACAGAACAGGCUCUCAAAAGGUUGGACAGUCUGGAAUCAAAUGCACAGGAAGUGAUGGCUCGAGCUCAGAUCAUCAUCCUUCACGGACACCAGCUAUCAGCCGGUCACCACUACGCUGUGGCUCUUAUUAUGCAGCGCUGCAAUGAGCUUCGCCACUACUGUGAUACACUCAAUGCUGCUCUCAAGACCAAACACACUCGUCUUCUGCAAACUCACCAGCUGCUGCUUUGUCUUGGACAGGCCCAAACUUGGUGCGAUGAUGGAGCAUAUCUGCUGGCCAAUCAGCUGGUAGAAAAGUUCCAGACUAAGGAGGGGGCCCAGGCUGCUUUGAGGGACAUUGAGAGGUUCCUGGAGGGGGCGCCGUCUAUGCUGAGCUCAGGACCUGACAUCCUGGCCAUCGAGUAUGAGGCUAUCAUCACACCUCAGCUGCAGCCCCAGAUAGGGGAAACGUUUGAGAAGCAUGCAGCAGUGCGGCAGAUGAUCCAGAACCGACAGGCUUGUCUAAGGAAGCUGGCUGACAAACAUGUGCGACCGGUCCAACUGGUGGCCCCAAGGCCUGAAAAUCCACCACGCUCCAAGUCCCCGCUUUUUUCCCCCAAGCAUGGUGAUGGUUUGAAGUUCACAUUCGACCUCUCUCUGCCCGGGAAGAGAGCAUCCCGAAAGAGCCCCAACCCUAGAAAAAUAGAGGUGAUUCAUGACUACCGGGAGAGCCGGAGCUGUGUGUCGUACAGUCUGGAAGGAGAGGACAGCCCAGAUCUCUUGAAGCGUCAUGUGAUGAGGGAACUCAUAGAGACAGAAAGAAUCUAUGUGGAAGAGCUGCUGUCAGUUCUGCUGGGUUACAGGGCUGAGAUGGACAACCCAGCUCUGUCAGGGCUUCUACCCCCGAUCCUGCGCAGCAAGAGAGACAUCCUCUUUGGAAAUAUGCCUGAGAUCUACAAUUUUCACAGCAGGGUUUUUCUUCAGGACCUGGAAGGAUGCCUGGAGGCUCCUGAAGGUGUGGGUGCUUGUUUUCUGGAGCGGAAAGAGAGUUUCCAAAUGUAUGAAUGCUACUGUCAGAAUAAGCCACGCUCUGAGGCACUGUGGAGACAAUUCUCAGACUGUGCCUUCUUUCAGGAGUGUCAAAAAAAGCUGGAGCACAAACUGGGCCUGGAUUCUUACCUCCUGAAACCAGUCCAACGCCUCACCAAAUACCAGCUGCUGCUUAAGGAAUUACUGAAAUACAGUACUGAUUGCGAGGGGACUUCUGAACUGCACUUGGCACUAACAGCAAUGCUGGACCUGCUCAAAUCAGUCAAUGACUCUAUGCAUCAGAUAGCCAUCACAGGAUAUGAGGGUGACAUUUGCGAGCUGGGCCGCGUGUUGAUGCAGGGUUCUUUCAGUGUGUGGAUCAGCCAUAAGAAAGGUCCCACACGCAUGAAGGAGCUGGCUCGCUUCAAACCAAUGCAGAGACACCUCUUCUUGUACGAGAGAGCUCUGCUUUUCUGCAAGCGGAGGGAGGAGCAUGGAGACAGCUGCGACAAGACCCCCUCGUACAGCUUCAAGCACUGUCUCAAGAUGACUGCUGUGGGGAUCACCGAGAAUGUCAAGGGAGAUGUGAAGAAGUUUGAGAUCUGGUACAGUGGCAGGGAGGAAGUGUAUGUGGUUCAGGCUCCUACAGUGGAAGUGAAGAUGGCCUGGCUCAAUGAGCUUCGCAGAAUCCUGACAAACCAGCAGAAGCUGCUUAGAGAUGAAGCAUAUCAACAUGGCCAAAUGGUUGGACACAUGCAGAUUUCUCCACCACUCUCUGAGAGCAAUCAGCAGAGGGCGUCGGUGAGCUCAGAGGACACUGAGUCAGGGAGGAGCAGUCCAGACCCCCAGCCUCACUCCCCUAAACACCAGCACAACCGCAGGAGUUGGCCCGGAGCUCAUCACUCGGUAGACAUCUGUGAGGGUCUGGAGGAGUGGCCUGGAGGUCGGGACACCUUCCACCCAUCUGACACAGAGGAGGAGGUUUUGGUGCAACUGUCUCCAGGCAGAUACAUGGCUUUGGCUGAUUGUCUUCAAAAUGGACCAGACAGCAUCACCAUCAAAUGUGGAGAUGUCAUCCAACUGCAGUGUGAAAACAAGGGACGCUGGCUGGUGAAAAAUCUGAGUCGACGACAGGAGGGCUUUAUAACAGCUGCCAGCCUGCAGAUGAUUAUAGGAGACAGCAGUCGAGGACACUCCUCCAGACUAGGGGACCCAGGGAACCUGAAGGUGAGAAAGCUCAGCUCCCCAUAGCGAAGAAAGCAAAGAAUGUGAAUCUAAUAUUUACCUGUGGAUGGUGAACAGACAGAAGGAACAGAUUGAGCCAUAGCUGUCUCAUAACUGGUCAGCCACCCACUCACUCCCCGGUCUGCUUCCUUCAGCACAAUUCAAUCAUUAAAGAGAAAAAUAUGGGAAUCUACAGACUGGAUUUUCUUCCAGGUCUUGACUGAUGAUCUCCUGGGUCAGUGUUUUCUGAUAGUGAAGGGUGUGCUGAUGCACCAGCGCAAAGGCUCAGGAACUGUUUAGCCCUCUUGGACAAUCAACAGCCGAUCCCCAGAUCCUGAUUGGUCUUCCUCUUUUCUGACUGGUGAUGGGUUCCUUGUCCUUCUGGCGCUCCAUCUGCAACACACAUAUAGUCAGGAUAUGAGGUUGCUGCUGCAGCAGUGAGUCAUUUCACAAUCUGUGGACAUUUUUCAACCCUUCCUCAUUCCAGCUAGUACUUGAGAUCAUAGUAUCUCCGAGUGUGUGUUCCUGUUUGUCUCAGUGUGUGCUGGAUGGAUGGUAGUCCAGGAUUUGCCUGAAACAUUUCUUAAAGCAGAGACUUUUGUACAUAUACAGUAUAAUUUUUAACAUUUAUUGUACCUCAGUGUUUCAUUUUUGUGUAAUUAUUUGACAUUUUCCAUUGAACUACAUCAUUGUAUUUUUCUUACAUUUCAUUCCUUAAGGCACCAUUCUUCUGUACAAAUCUAGGAGUUAAAAUGCCAAAAUGUGCCAUGCCAUAAUGCCUUUUUUAUUCCUGCUCUUUUGGAGUCUCUUGUAUGUAAUGUUUGCAAAAUCAAAUACUCUGUUAUUGCUUCAACUGGACCUCACAAAUAUUCAACUGGCACUUUAAUGAGGUGGAUGGACAACAGAGACAAAAAAUCCACCUAUUGUCUGAAUGCUUUGCUUGCCGCUUUACCUCUCUUACUGUGUAUUUCCUCUUAUUCAUGCUGUUUCUUUCCUUUGUUUAUUCUUGAAUGUAUGAUGUGUUAGGGAGGCAGGGGAGACAUACCCCCCUGCGUGCAGGCAGCAGUUGACGUGUCAGUGAUGGUAAUGUAAGACACAGGCGGACAUGAUGAAGAUUGAUGCUGGUGUAUUCCACAGUGUGUGCGGUAGACGAAUGAGAGACGCACGCCGCAGAGCACCAAACACUGUCAUUCUCCUCAGGAUCUUUUGGGAGCCGACUGUCAGUCACAGCGUAGAGAAGGGAGAACGAGGCAGAGUAAAAGAAAAAAGUAAGAGAAAGAGAGAGAUUAUGCUCUGUGUGCCCCUUCAUCACGGAGGCAGAUUGUUUCCUCCUCACCAUUACAGCUCAGUUAAUCUUGGGUUCCCCAUUAAAAGGGAUCAUACAGCCAACAUGAAAUAUACCCUCUGUGUCGAACGCUUAAUUAAAUAUUGAUUGCAGACUUAUAUGAAUUUACCACAUCAAAUCGAGGCCCCAGUCGGAGGGCUGCCUUUGAUACGCUGUGUUUGAUAUGGAAAUGAGUCUAGAAAGCAGCAGGGGCCGCUGCACACUACACAUUUCUCAUGUUGUUAAUUUAUUUAUUUUGCUGUCAUGUUGUUCCUCAUAUUGUGAGCUAUCUGUGCACCCCGGAAAGAAAUUACGUCUCCAUAUAUUUACAGGAGGUAUGCUUGACUGCACAUCAAACCCCCUUUUUUUCCCUUUUUGAGUUUAUGACAAAAUCAAAUGGUUACUUUGUAAUUUUAAUCCAAAAUGCUGCAGAUUUUGCACAGAUUUUCCAGGUUGAAAAACAAAAAAACCCUGCUUGAAAUAUUACGUAUCCUGAUGAGCCAAGUAGCCUAAGCUUGUUGCUGAAUGUUUCUUUUAAGAUAAAAAUGCAUGGCAACUGAACAAUGAGCAGGUUUGUAUUGUUACACAGUCACUGUUCUAAACUGGCUUUUUUUUGUACAGCUUCAGUUCUGUGAAGAAAUAAUCAAAUAAAAACUAUUUAUUGCAAUAAUUUUGUUUUGUUUUGGUAGUUAAAAUAAUUCAAUAUUUGUUGUUUUAACAGUGACAUGUAAAAAUUAAGAAUGCCCUUUUUCAUACACCCUGAUUUAAUCUAUUAUUUCUGUAUUCUUCUUUUAAUGGAAGCCAACCUAAAUAAAACCGCAGACUUUUC